AUGGAGCGCAUUAACCGCGUUAGUUAUCUGAGAGGCUUUGAGUUCGCUGCUGGUAGCCCCUGCGCCUCUCGCGCAGUGACUUUCUUGCAGUCGUUUUCCUCUAGGUGUAAGGUAAGUCCCGUGCGCUUGGGGUGUAUGAGACUCACACCAGCGCGGCGAGCAACUUCGGUCGGUUCUCAGUCGUAA